AAACCAUAAUCAUCACGUCUCUUCUACAUCAAACCAUUCUAUAUCCCUCUCUUUCUCUUUCACUUUCUCUCUAUCUAUUAAUAUUCAUUCCCAACACACACACACACACACACACACACUUAAAUUUUCUCAUCAAUUUUCCCUUUUUUUUCUUCCAUAAUCAUAUAUGGAUCUUCCAGAGACAUCACUAUGGUGGACUCAACAACAGCAACAACAACAACAUCAACAACAACAAACUAUGAUAUUACUUGAACCAAUUCAAAACACUUCUUGGUCUCUCCAUCACCACCAACCCACAUGGUACAAUUCACAAAUCCAUGAAAACAUGACUCCCCAUUUCAACCAUGUUAACAUGGAAGAUGAAGAAAUACCUAACAACAACAACAGCACUACCAUGACCGGUGAAAUAAAAUCAGAAGACGAAAAAGAACCAAUGUUCGAAAAACCACUAACACCUUCAGAUGUAGGUAAACUUAACCGUCUUGUUAUCCCAAAACAAUAUGCCGAAAAAUACUUUCCACUCGGCGGAGUCAGUGACUCUGCCGAGUGCAAAGGGUUGUUACUGAGCUUCGAAGACGAAUCAGGAAAGUGUUGGCGAUUUCGUUACUCUUAUUGGAAUAGUAGUCAAAGCUAUGUUUUGACUAAAGGUUGGAGUAGAUAUGUUAAAGAUAAACGUCUUGAUGCUGGUGACGUUGUUUUGUUUGAACGACAUCGUUUUGAUAGUCAGAGACUUUUUAUUAACUGGAGGAGGAGGAGGUUGAGUGGGGAGGAACAGUCGGCGGCGUAUGUUAGUAGAGCGGUGGUGGGAGGAAAUGGGGGUGGGAAUAGUAAAAAUGAGGUUGUUAGUGGUGUUGGUGUUGGGUGGUCCAGAGGUUUCUAUUCUGCGCAUGUUCCUUAUCCUGCGCAUCAUCAGGUUUUGCCGUAUCAACAUGAUCACUGUCUUCAUGCAGGUAGAGGGUCCCAAAGUCAGAACCAAAGGACAAAACCACUAGGAAAUAGUUCAAGUUCAAGUUCUAGUUCAAGGGUACUUAGGUUAUUUGGUGUUAACAUGGAAUGCCAACCAGAACAUGAUUCUUCCACACCUCAAUGUUCUUAUGAUAGUAAUAAUAUGCCAUUAACACAAAGUACUCUAGAUAAUAAUAGCCCUAAUCUCUACCAACCUAAUUCUUCUCAUAAUUCAAAUCAUCACAUGCUACGUCACCAACCAUAUUACUACUAGAUAUGGUCAUAUGAGAUACAAAUUCACGGAUGUAGCAUAACCACAUAGUUUAACACUGUAAGCAAUUACAGUUGUUGAUUGUAGAUCUGAUAGUUCAAAUUUAAAUUUCUGUUUUACAUUGUGAAAAGAUCACAUCUGUUAAAUGGAAAUCAGAUGGUUUGGAUUAGCUACAACGUCACGGGAAAUCCGAUUCCCUAUAUAUGUACCACCCUUGAGGUCGAAAUUUUAGUAGUUUUUGGUCUUUAUUUAAUUAGGUACAUGUAAGAUAUGUUUAACUAUGUAUCGAUCGACUUUUGUUAAUUAUAAUUAUUGCUAUAUUAAUUAAUUUAUGAAUUGGUGUUUUGAUUAACAUGAAAUGGAAUUGUUGUUGGUGGUGAUCGAUUGACUGUACUAUACUAUAAGAAUAUUAUUAUAGGUACGUUCAUGUU